AUGGAUUGUGAUUUGAUAUUCGAAAAUGAGAGCCAAUUAGAAAACUAUUAUGAAAACAGCAAGGCAAACCACAAGAACCAUUGCCAGAUUGAAAAGUUAAGGGAUGAGAAAGUUAAAUUAGAGCAAGAAGUAAAAAGGUUAGAAGCAUUAAUUAAUAAAGCCAAUAACCAAAAUGAUAAACCUACUUUGGAGGUUGAAUUAGCAUGGGUCAAACAAUCACUAAAUAAAGUAAAAAAUGAACUAACUAAUAAAGAAAGUAGCAAUAAUACUCAACCAACUUCACCAUCUUUUUUUCAAAGAAAGGAAACUUGGAUUAUAGGAGGCGGAUUAAUUAUAACAAUUGAAAUAUCUACUUCAAAAUACUUUAAACAAGAAAAAGAAUUGAGAGAAUUAGAAGAAUUGGUAAGACUUAAUGGUGAGAAAGACCAAGAAAUAAAAAUACUGAAAGAGAAAAUUAUUAAACAAUCAACUAUUAAUAUUAAUGACUUAUCCAAGGAUUUAAACAAAUUAGAGGGGUUAGCAAUGGCAAUGAAUGAUUUUGAAAACACAGGAGUAGCACAAGAGGUUUAUCCAGUGUUAGAAGCAAUUAGAGAUAUUUUAAUUACCUUUUACCAUAGCAGAGGAACAUUUACAGGUUUAUCCGAUAUAACUGAUGAAAGUUUAUUAGGAGAAUUACAUAAAAGACUUAAAACCGAAACAAUCCAAACAGAGACAGUUGAAAUAGAUGGAGAAAAUGUUGAAGUGCUUUAUAUUGGGGAUAGUUAUGAAAAAAGCAUAUGGAGGCUUAAUUUAGAAAACCUUACCCUUGAAGAAGGACAUUUAAAAAAAAGACUAUAUAGAACCGAAGCAGAAAUAAAAACUGGAAAGUUCAUUUUAAAUAAUUUAAAAGUUGAAUUAGAUAAUGAACUUAUAAAAGCAAAUAGAGAAAGUUAUUUAGUAAACCAUCUUAUGGAAAAUAUGACCAAUCAAAUAAUGCUAGAUGUUUUUGAACAAAAUGAAAAAUAUGGGCAAAGAUAA